UGGAACAUAACAACAUGGAGUCGAGUUCAUGCAGAAUGAAGCUCUUUUACUUGAUCACACUGCUGUGUAUGCCAGCCUGCUUUGGGUUUUCAACAGCACGAGUGUUCCUGAGCAGCACUGAAGCAAACCAACUGCUUCAGCAUCGAUUCAGACGUGCCAACUCCUUCCUAGAGGAGCUGAAAGUAGGAAGCUUGGAGAGGGAGUGUCUAGAGGAGAAAUGCUCGUAUGAGGAGGCCAGGGAGAUCUUCUCUGUGCCCGAACAACUGGAUGAGUUCUGGAGGGUUUACACAGAGGUGGACUACUGUAAAUCAGAGCCGUGCAAAAAUGGUGCCACCUGUGUAACUCAGGUGAAAACAUAUAUCUGUAUCUGCCCACCUGAGUUUCAGGGACUGAACUGUGACAAAGAAACAGUUCCACAGACUUCUGAUAGCUGUCUCUAUAAGAACGGAGGCUGUGAGCAUUUCUGCACCGAGGAUGGAGACUCAGCUCAACAGUGUCAUUGUGCUUCAGACUACAGACUGGCUGCUGACAACAGAACCUGCAUUCCAGAAAUGCCUUUUCCUUGUGGCAGGCCUGUAGUGACACAGCUGGGCCCUCGGAUUGUUAAAGGACACGUGUGUCCUAAAGGACUCUGUCCCUGGCAGGCGUUACUGCAGAAAGGAGGGACGUAUAAAUGUGGAGCAGUCGUUCUCAAUGAUCAGUGGAUCGUUACAGCAGCUCACUGCGUCUGGCAACAAGAUCCAUCUCAGCUACAAAUUAUCGUGGGCGAGCACAUUCGUCUCCUCAAGGAGGGAACAGAGCAGAUAAGAAAGGUCUCCAAAGUAUUCAUCCACCCUCUGUACAACCACACGACCACCGACGCUGACCUCGCCCUCCUGAGGCUGCGCAGGAACGUUUCUCUAGGACAGUACGUGGUGCCUAUCUGCCUUCCCCCAGCGCACGGCACGUUUCAUCGCACGCUGGGGAUGGUGCACACCUCCACCGUGAGCGGGUGGGGUCGUCUCUCUCAGAACGGACCUCCGUCCACCGUGCUCCAGAGGCUGGACGUGCCCAGGGUGCCGCUGGAGAUGUGCAGAGCUCACUCUGGACUCACGCUGACCAACAACAUGCUGUGUGCUGGCUUCAGGGAGGGAGGGCGUGAUGCAUGCCAGGGAGACAGCGGGGGCCCGCUCGUCACGCGGUACAACAACACUUGGUUUCUGACGGGUGUGGUGAGCUGGGGAAGAGGAUGCGCCCGCUCGGACGUGUACGGUGUCUACACCCGGAUAACAGUCUUCGUCGAGUGGAUGAGAAACAUCAUGGCUGUGGAAUGAUCGUGGAUUUCAGAAAGAUUUUUUAUACACUAUUUUAAAAGAUUUACAUUUUAAUACAGACUGUACUGAUACACUAUAUAGUCAAAAGUAUUCGGACACCUGACCAUGAGCUUGUUGGAUAUCCUAUUACAAAAACAAAUGCUAUUAAAAAGACUGACCUGUAUGUGACGUCUUUUCAGCUAUAACAACAGCUACACUUCUGAGGAGACCUCUCACAAGACUUUAAAAAAUGUCUGUAGGAAUGUGUGCCCUUUCAGUCAGUCAUUGUGCAGCUAGGCACUGACGUUGGUCAAGAAAGUCUCAGUUGAUGUUCCAGUUCGUUCCAAAGUUUAUUUCAUUUUAAAUCAAGAUUUUCUUCCUGUCUUAAUAGAGCUUGUUUUGUGCACAGGGGCACAGUCAUGGAACAGAAAUGGGCCUUCCCUAUACUGUUAUAUAAUUAAUUUGUUACAGCUGUUAGCAAUUGUUGUGGCUGAAACACAUGAAUUUAAAAAUGUUAAGGGUGUCCCAAUACUUUUUUGCGUAUAGUGUAGUCAGUCUUACACUUUAUUAAUUGUUAAUUGUUAAUAACUUGUUCAGUUAAAAAAUAAACAAAUACAAUUUAAAGAUCAUCACUUUUUUGUAAUAAUAAAAAAGUAUCAUUUGUUUGUUUAUUAUUUAUGAUAAAGCACCAAUAAAACUCUACAAUCACCCCUAA